UUAUUCCAGGUGUAAUCGCCUUAGAACUCGAACGACUGCUCGUACCGAGUCACGCGGUCCGGAACACUAGUGUCUCAAUGGAGUGCCACUAUAAACUAGAAGGCGAGACACUUUAUUCAGUCAAAUGGUACAAAGACGGCAACGAGUUUUACCGAUACGUACCCAGAAAUCAACCUCCUGCCCAAGUGUUUGCUCUACCAGGAGUUACUGUUGAUCUCCAUAAUUCGACAGAGUAUUCCGUAGUGCUGUCAUCGGUCCAGUUAUCGACGAGCGGUCUAUAUCGGUGCGAAGUCUCCGGGGAAGCACCCUAUUUCCAAACUGUCACCGAUCACGCCUAUUUGAUGGUCGUCGCUUUGCCUAAAUCAGGUCCAGAAAUCACCGGAGGACAACUAAGGUACCACGUCGGUGAUGUCAUCAAUGUAACCUGUUCGACUCGCGAGUCGAAACCGGCCGCGCAGCUGAAUUGGAUGAUCAACGGUGAAGCUGCUGAUCAAAAGUACAUUCAGGGACCGUUCAAGCAGUUUGUGGGUCGAGAGGGGCUCGAGUCUACAAGCUUGCAGCUUCAGUUUGUUGCCAGGCCGAAACAUUUUAAAAGAGGUAACAUGAAGCUGAAAUGCUUGGCCACCAUAGCGACAGUUUAUACGACGAACAACGAAAAAAGCUACGAAGGAGAGAGGCCCCAAAGGGGUUUGGUAUUGGAGAGUAGGGGCACGGUGGCUCCGUCAGCUGGAUCUAGAGCGGACAGAGUGCACACUUCAGGCUCGCUAUCGAUUGCGUCGACACCGACUUUGUCAUCGAUAUCGGUAAUCAUCGCCUGGACUUUGCAUUUGAAAGGACUCAUCUAA